CUGCCACGGGCCCGGCCGGGGCUCGUGCCCGUUGCAUUCCGGGACCUGUAGUCUCCGGCGCACGGAAGUGCCACCGUUGUAAUCUCCUCCCCGCGGAAAGGCGCACGGCUGGGGAGUCCUCGUGACGGGCGGCUCCGUCCCAGUCCCGAGCGGAGAGGCCGUUCUUCGGCGCUGCCGCGAAGGCUCAGCUUGGCUCGUCUCCGCCUUUCACAACUUCCGCUGCGUUGGGAAGCCACGGAGGAGGGCAGAGGGUAUCUCUGAUUGGCUGAAAGGAAAGCGAGGGGCGGGAAGAAAGACCCUUAACCCCGGCCGCUCUCCAUUUUGAUUGGAUACAGGGCCCGAGGCCGACGCGGAUGCAGGGGUGGAAAGUCCUCUUCUUAUUGGCUGCGGCGUCUCCCGGAAGGGAGGGGAGAGGUGUUGGGCCCAAGGAGACGUGAGCGGCGGGCGCGAGCUAAACCGGGGAAACUCCGGGACUGGGCCCCGCGCUGGCAGCGUCACGUGGCAGGGCCUGUCUCAGGAACUGUCGGUCUAGGGCCGUUGGUGAGCGCGCGGGCGCUGGGCGGGGCUGAGCAUGGCGACGGCCCAGGCCCUGGAGAGCCUGCAGGUGGAGGCCAGCUGCUCCAUCUGCCUGGACUACCUGAGUGACCCCGUCACCAUUGACUGUGGCCACAACUUCUGCCGGGGCUGCAUUGCCCGCUGCUGGGAGGAGCUGGAAGGCCACUUCCCCUGCCCAGUCUGCCGCCGGCGCUUCCACCUCCGCUGCUUCCGUACCAACCGCCAGCUGGGCAAUGUGGCUGAGAUCGCCAGGCAGCUCCGUGCCAAGCGCAGCCAGCGCCACCGGCGCCCUCGCCCCGAUGCCGCCAGAGCUCUCUGCAACAAGCACCAGCAGGUCCUCAGUCUCUUCUGCGAGAAGGACCAGGAGGCCGUGUGCCUAGCCUGCCGGAUCUCCUGCCACCACCGUGACCAUGCCGUGGGUCCCCUUGACAGGGCCGCCCUGGCCCAUAAGAAGAAGCUGCGUGCCUACCUGGGUCCCCUGAAGAGGCAGGUAGAAGAUGCUCGUAAAUUUCUCUCCAGUGAGCAGAAGAAGCCAGCUGAGCUGAGGGAGAAAGUUGAGAGCCGGCGACAGAAAAUUGCAUCCGAGUUUGAGAGGCUGCACCAAUUCCUGCAGGAGGAGCAGCAGGCCGUGCUUCGGCGGCUAGAGGAUGAGGAGAAGGAGAUUCUGCAGAAGCUGAGUGAAAACGCUGCCAAGCUUGCCGACCACAGCACCAGCCUUACUAAACUCAUCACAGAGAUUGAGGAGAGGUGCCAGCAACCAGCCAUUGACCUACUGAAGGGCAUCAGGAGCACUCUGAACAGGUGUGAAAACAUCAGGAUCCCCAAGGCCAUCUCCAUUGAGCUGAAGAAGGACAGUUGCAGUUUUCCAUUGCAGCACUUUGCCCUGAAGAAAAUGAUAAAGAAAUUCAAAGCAGAUGUGACUCUGGAUCCAGAAACAGCUCAUCCUAAUCUAAUACUCUCUGAAGACCGCAAAAGUGUGAGGUUCGGAGAGACCAAGCAGGAUCUGCCUGACAAUCCUGAGAGAUUUACUUACUACCCAUUUGUUCUGGGCUCAGAGGGAUUUGUCUCAGGAAGACAUUACUGGGAGGUGGAGGUGGGAGAUAAGACUCAAUGGACUUUGGGAGUUUGUAGGGACUCUGUGACUAGGAAAGGGAAGAUUACACCAUCACCUGAGGACGGAUAUUGGAGACUCAGGCUGUGGAAUAAAGAUGUUUACACAGCUCUUACAUCCAGUCCCACACCCUUACUGUUGAGAGUGAAGCCUAAACGGAUAGGGAUUUUCCUGGAUUAUGAACUAGGAGAGAUUUCAUUUUACAAUCUGAAUGACCAUUCUCACAUCUACACUUUCACUGAAACUUUUACAGAGAAACUCCGUCCUUUUUUCUAUCCCGGAGUCCAUACAACUCCUCUGAUAAUCCGACCAGUUACAGAGUGGGAAUAAUGAAAUCAAGACAUUACUUCCCUAAAUUUAUUUUAUUUUAAAGUGGUCAUCUUCACUUCUAGUAAUAGACUGAAGACCUGGUGGUUUAAUCCUAGAGCUUAAGGCCAGAAGGGACCAUCAGAUCAUCCAGGCUGAGUUCCUGUAUAUCCUAGGCCACCAACUCCACCCACUACCCACACAUUGAAUUAAAAAAAGAGAGUUCUAAACCAUUAGAACAGUUGUUGACCUUCUCACAGUAAUUUCUUUCUACAAACCGAAGGCAUGUGUUCUUUUAACUAAUGGAAGAAUUGGCUUGUUAACUGCUGGUAGAUAUCCCCUUCUCCAGAGUGGAGGGGAGAAUUCACGUUAUCAAGGAGCAAACUGAUACAAGAUGACAUUGCAAGUUUUAUAAACAACACUGAUGUAUAGAAAGUUACAUGCGCUGAUGCUAUUAUGGCUUUUUUGUUAGUGGAAUGGUAUAUGUUAACUUUUGCUGGGAAUGCAAACGGCAGUUAUAGUGGAAGCCUAAAUACAACUUUAAGUUCUUGUUUUCAAAUAUUCAAGAUUUUUUUGUGUAAAGUUCAGGAAAAUCUGUCAACUUGUUUUUUAACUUAUGAAGCUUGGGGAUAAAAUGGCUUUUUUCUACCCUAAAACAUGGUAUUAGUUUCAGGUGAUCGUCAAAUGGUAUAAUGGUUUUUCAUGUGUUUUAGUAAUUCUAGACCAAAUUUGCUCAGUUUAGAAGUUAAUAAAAUGGGUUGGGUUUUGUUUUGUUUUUUUGUCAGUCCUGCAGACUCAAUCUGAGCACUGACAAUCAAUCUGGGUUCUCUUUUGUUUAGGCAUAAUCAAUAAAGAUUCUGCAGAUUAAAUUAUAA